AUGUCUUCUAUCUCUACUGAGAAUACUGAGAAGUCUACUCCAUCCGUCCACAUUCUUGACGAGAAGGCCGACCUAGAGUCCGUACUCAGUGUCUAUCGAGAGCAGAGUCUUGCUUCCCACGCCGCCGCCGCCGCCGCCGCCCAUGUUGGCAAGCGAAUCAGCAUCCAGCCCACCCUCGCCAGCUACUACGUCCCCAAGGGCCAAGCUCCCCGAGGAUUAAUCUUUACUUGUGUGACUCACGGAAACUGGCUCCGUGGAUCGCACUUUUCCGACACCGAAACCUAUAUCCACGUCUCCCGCAACCCUGACGGUCCCCACCCUGCCUCUGCCGCCGACGUGCGCACCCUCUCUUCCAUCCUCCAGAGUAUCUAUAACUCCAACAACUUUGAAUCUCCUCGCCGGGUGGGCAAGGAUCUGGGGGAAGACAUCGCCGCGCUUUGCUCUGAGCAUACCAAGUACGAAGGCUAUGUUCAGAUCAAGUUUGGCAGUGUGUUGGCGUUCUGGUUGGCCAAGAGGGCAGCAGAGAGAGCUGGUGGAGUCUGGUUGAAGAGUGAAGAUGGGAGUCAGAGGAUCACUUCAGGUGUGAAGACGUAUGUUGAGACAUGUAGGAGGACUUGA